CCUCAAUGAAGUAGGGCGUUUUAUUUGUUGGCAUAGGUUUUACCGCAACCUAUUGACAACAAAUAAAUAUACGUGGUCAAACAAAUAAUGCUCUCACACAUAAAUAGCAUUGUAAAAGAUUAAGAUGAGACGCAAUUCAGUGACAUUGAUAAAAUUUCUGGUGGCUGCUGUGAUAUUUCUUGCUGCCGGACCCUUUGCCAUGAAAUUUCUGUUUGGAAACAAACGGGCAGAUGAAUACGUUGAUGCUGGGCUUCCAAUGGCUCCAAACGAAGGUGGUUUUCAUGGCAAAGAGCACAAGAGGAGCAGUGGUGAGCUGCAGAAAGUUGACUGGCAUGACCACAAGCAGAUAGCGGCAGACGAGGCUCGGGUAGGGCCUGGGGAGCAGGGCGCGGCCGUCAUACUGAGUCCUGAAGAGGAGGCCAAGAAGGACGACCUUUACAAGGUCAACGGGUUCAACGCCUUUGCCAGCGAUAAAAUAUCCCUGCAGAGAUCCAUCAAGGACAUACGGCAUCCAGACUGUAAGGCCAAGAAGUACUGGAACAAGCUGCCUAACUGCAGUAUUGUAGUCCCAUUCCACAAUGAGCACUGGACGACACUUCUGCGUCUUACAUACAGUGUCAUCAACAGGGCUCCUAAGGAGCUCCUACAUGAAGUCAUUCUGGUCGAUGACUUCAGCACGAAACCAUUCCUUAAAGAAGAGCUGGACAACUAUAUGAAGGAGCAUUUUCCGGGCCGUGUCAAAGUUGUGCAUGCAGAACGAAGAGAGGGCCUCAUUCGUACUAGAAUUCUCGGGGCAAAGCACGCAACAGGGGAUGUGAUUCUCUUCCUUGAUUCACAUGUGGAGGCAAAUGUGAAUUAUCUGCCGCCAUUGUUAGAUCCAAUUGCGGAAGACUACCGGACCGUGGUGUGCCCGUUCAUCGAUGUCAUAGACUAUGAAAACUUCAACUACAGAGCCCAAGACGAGGGGGCCAGGGGGGCCUUCGACUGGGAGUUCUUUUAUAAACGCCUGCCCCUUCUACCAGAGGACCUGUUACACCCCGCCGAACCUUUCAAUUCUCCAGUGAUGGCUGGCGGUCUGUUUGCGAUCAGCAGGAAGUGGUUUUGGGAGCUGGGAGGUUAUGACCCUGGCCUUGACAUCUGGGGCGGUGAACAGUACGAGCUCUCUUUUAAGAUUUGGCAGUGCGGUGGUAAGAUGGUUGAUGCCCCCUGUUCUCGGAUUGGUCACAUUUAUCGCAAGUUUGCACCAUUCCCAAAUCCUGGUGUUGGAGACUUCGUGGGCAGGAACUACAAACGUGUGGCUGAAGUGUGGAUGGACGAAUAUGCGGAGUACCUGUACCAACAUCGACCACAUUAUCGUAGCAUCCAGCCUGGGGACCUCACAGAACAGAAGGCUGUGAGAACAAGACUCAGCUGCAAACCUUUCAAAUGGUUCAUGGAGGAGAUAGCGUUUGACCUGGUCAAGGUUUACCCACCCGUGGAGCCAAAACCUUUUGCAAGUGGAGAAUUUAGAAGUGCUGCGGCCCCCCUGUGUAUAGAUACCAAGUAUAAAAAUGCCCAUGAAAAUGUUAAGCUAGACCAAUGUAUAAAAGAUGGAAAAGGGGGUGGAGAACAGAAUUUAGAAUUGUCGUGGCAUAAGGAUAUAAGGCCAUCUAAAAGGACAGUGUGUUUCGAUGUUUCAACAUCUGUGGCCAAGGCUCCUGUAAUUUUAUACAACUGCCAUGGUAUGGGAGGCAAUCAAAGAUUUAAGUUCAACAUUAACACCCAGCAGAUUUACCAUCCCAUAUCAAACCAGUGCCUUGACUGUGACACUGGGAGCCAUGAGCUCUUCAUGAACCCGUGUGAUGAACACAAGAAGACACAGCAAUGGAUCAUAACCAAUGUCAACCAGACUGCUAUUAAGAUUGAAUGGGAUCUACCAAAGUAGUGUAUAGUCGUAGUGGAAGUAAAUAUUUAAGUUGUUCAAAGUUUCCAAAAAAAAAUUAUGGUUGGUUUAUAUUUGAAUGCACUGGCAGACAUGAUAUUAUACAGUGUCUUAUAACUUUCUCACAUACACAUAAGGGAUUCAAACCAUGUCAAAAUGUAUUGUUGCUUUAUUAGUAUUAUUAUUGUGUCCUUCAAUUUUUUAUAUUAAUGAUACCAUUAUUAUGCAGAUCAACAAACAGAUUGAAACUUAACUGUAUGCAGCUUACACUUACAAUGUGUUGAUUUUGUCCUUAGAAAAAAAUCAUCUGCAUCUUUGUUGCUCAUAUUUGAGGUAUUCCAAAUCAGUAUUGUAACAAAGUAUUGACAUUAAACACAGAAAUAAUUGUUUUCUUUGUCUUAAGUGUAUUUCAAAUUUGGCUUUUAAUUGACAACGAACAUUUUCUUCUUAUUGAAUUUAACAUAUAAUGCAGUAUAUUAUUAUUCUACAAUCAUAUAUGUUAUACUGAUGAAGUUUGAAUCUGUAUGUGGUGUAGAUCAUAACUAGUUAUGUGUGCUAAUAGUAAAUGUGUUGGUAAAAGGGAAUUGUUGUUUUAGUCAUUGUUGUACACAUAGCCAUGUUUUUUUUUGUAAGUUAAUUUCUGAGUUGUCAAUAUAUUAAUAAAUUAUAUAUAUAAUUUAUAUACAUAUUUAAUGCUAGUGGUUUAACAAUAAUUGAUGUUAUAAGUUGGAUAUCUCAGAAUAAGUGCCGAUGCAAAACGUCCUUGAAAUAAACAUUUAACAUCAUCAGUAAGUUGUCAUGCUACUUCAAUUCAGCAUUGCGAUAUCAGUAAAAUUUUCAAUAAGACUUCUGAAUCUAUUCCUAUUCACCUUUAAAACUGUAUUGUAUCUCUAAAAAUUUGUAUUCCAUUAUUCAAUGUAUGAAAAGCCUAGUGCAAUGAAAUUUGUGUGUCAUUUAUGUCAUCCGUCUGUGUUAUAGUUUUGUAAGAAAUAGAGAAUAUUGUAAACAUAUUUUGUUUGAUGUGAAAUACAAAACCUUGAAAACAUUGUGAAAAGAAUGCAUUGUUGAGACCUUAAUACAUUUGAGUAAAGUGUCGUCCCAGAUUAUCAUGUGCUGUCUGCACAUGCCUAUCAGGGUUGGCACUUUCUGCCUUCAUGGAGUCUUUCGCUAAAACUAAGUCUCUAAAUUACCAAAACCGGUUCAUAUUUAUUUAUGUAGAGCAAAAUAUAUUAUGGUCUGUGAUCUUGUUUUGUCUAAGAAUGAUUUAUAUUGUGUGUUUCUUUUAUGUGGAUCAUAUUAUUUAUUUAUUCUAUUUUUCUGACCUUUAAAUAUUAUUACAUCAGUGUGCACAUGUGUCAUAGAAAAAUUAAGUAAACACAUUUGAAAGCAAAACAUCUACAAUAUAUUUAUGAAACAUGUGCAACACUAAUCUUUCAAACAAAAGCCAUGUGCCAUGAUUAGACUUAGAUAGGUAGACAAUCAUUGAUUAUAUGGAAAAUAUUAGCAAUAUGAGUUUUUCCUGAACACAUAUCUUCUCAAAUGCUUAAUAAUUAGGUUAAGCAUAUUUUAUAUGUUCGGAACAUAUGUACACAAUCUUCUUUUGAGCAAAGAUAAAAACUUAUUACUGUAUUUGCUAUGGAAAUCAGGAAAAAAAAUUAAAGGGGCAGAGAUCAUGUAUUUUUGUGUCAUAAAGGAUAAUUUAUACUAUCCGAAAAUGAUUGUUUUUUAAAUUUUUGUACUAAAUGUCUUGUGUUAACCCAAAGUCUUCUAGUCUUAAUAAUUGGUACACUAAGAUCUUCUACAUAUAUUCUAGCUACAGUAGAUACAUUCACAGUUGCUUUUCCUUCUUCCAUUGUGUUCCUUGGUUCAAAAACAUGUUCUUGAUCAUAAUCCUGAUCAUACACUUACUGGUUCAUUUACUGACUUUGUCUUGUACACAUAAGCCUGUUGAUGAUACAGUGUUAAUUUGUCUCUAUAUAAUUUACUCAUUAUUGUUGUCCUGCCUAUCAAAUCAAUGAUUUGUUCGCAUACCAUUGUUUAAAUGGCUGCAUUAUGCGAUAAUGGGUCUUAGGAUAGAAACUGCCCUCAUAGCUUCUGUCCAGCCACAUCUGCCCAGUCUGGUCGAGAGCUACCCUGCACAGGUCGCAUAUGAAGUAACACCCAUUUUUACAUGACACGGGUUAAUUUAUGAUGCAUGCACAAUCUUCUUCAUUGUUACUGUUCCUCCAACAUUCCUUUAUUCAAUGUUUUAUUUUAGAUUUAUAUAUUUCAAAUCGUAUCAUAGAUGUUUUUAAAUUUUUAGCUCACCUGAUUGCUCAGGUGAGCUUUUGUGACCGGUCUUUGUCCGUCGUCCGUCCGUCUGUCAGUCCACAUUUGUUUGUAAAAUCUCUAGAGGCCACAUUUAUUGUCCGAUCUUCAUCAAACUUGGUCAGAAGCUUUGUCCCAAUGAAAUCUCGGUCGAGUUCGAAACUGGGUCGUGCCGGGUUAAGAAAUCAUCAUGAACAUUUGUUUUAUUGAUAUCUGGCAUGAGUUUGAAAAUGGUCCAGAUCGGUGAAAAAACAUGGCCGUUAGUGGGCGGGGCAUUUUUCUCUAAAUGUAUAUAGUGAAAACAUGUGAACAAUCUAGAAGUCACAUUUUUGGCCCAAUUUUCCUGAAAUUUGGUCAGAAUAUAUGUUUCCUUGAUAUGAGAGUUGAGUUCGAAAAUGGUUCCGGUCAGUUGAAUAACUUGGCUGCCGGGGGGGGGGGGGGGGGGCAGUUUUCCUUAUUUGGCUAUCGAGAAACCUUGUAAACACUCUAGAAUUCACAAUUUUUGCCCAAUCAUCAUGAAAGUUGGUCAAAAAAUUGGUUUAAUUGAUAUAUCCGACAAGUUCGAAAAUGGUCCAGAUCGGUGAAAAAACAUGGCCGCCAGUGGGCGGGGCAUUUUUCUCUAUAUGUAUAUGU